CUCGUUCGCAUGUAUCAUUUCCCGGUUCCUACAUUAAAAAUAUAUAAAUAUUUUCUAUUAAAUAUACUUCAAUAACUGAUCGAAAUUAACAAACACCUGUGGAUUUUGUUUUGGCAUAAAAGCUUUUCGUCUUGUAGCGAAAAAGACAAACAGACAGCAAAUUUUUUAUGAUGUGAAGGAAACAACACUUAUACAUACAUACAUAUACAAGAAAUUUGUUUACAAACAAAUUCAUUGUUUAUACGCAAUAUUUUAAAUAAAAACAAUAACAAUUUAGAAUGAUCGAUAACAUAAAAGAGAAUAAAGCGAGAGAAGAAAACGAAAGCGGAUGAUAGUGAGAGAGCUUAAUGAAAAGUAUCACUAACAACGUGUAUAUUAAUGUAUUAAACGACACAAAUAAAAAAUACCGUAAAUAAUAAAUACAUUAACAUAUUUACUUUUAAAAUAAAAAUCGUAAAAAGGAACAUCUAAAAAAUUUAAAUAUGGCUAAAAAAUGUAGCGUGCGUUCAUUGAGUGAUAGUUCUUUGGGAGAGUUGGCUAAUUUGAUUGUAUCGACGCUCGGAUAUGCAAAGUAUGCACCGGACGUUGAUCUCGAUAUUAACAUUGUUAUGGUUGAAAUCAACCAAUAUUUAGAAAUGGCUGGUGCAACGUCAAACAUCUAUCAGGAUUUAUUACGGGUAAUUCUCAGUUCCGACUACUUGGAUGCUAGUAUGCGUUUCACCUGUUUGCAGAUGUUGUUAAAUUGUGGAGUUUCCUUUCUGGUUACCGAGGUAUUUCCAUUUUCAUAUUAUGAAAAAAUACUACAGGUGAUUGCAGCGCAAGGAGCUGGCUUACGUGUUCUUAAUUUGAAAGGAAUUUGGGUUAAGGAUGAACACAUGCACUACAUGUUCGAAAUUGUCAAGAAAUGCCAAUAUCUUACAAAGCUCUUUGUUCCUUAUAUAGCUAACGAUGAUCUGCUGCAAGUGAUUGGAAAAAAUUGUAAACGAUUGCAAGUACUAGACAUAUCUGGAGAGACGGAUAUUACCGAAAAUGGAAUAGAAUAUCUUAGCAAGGGGUUAUGUGCGCAGCGUUUAACUGUCAUUGACAUCGGUAUGCCAGGAGAGGAAAAUAUUUGUUACUCUGAUAUUGCCCUUAUUUUAGAAAAUUGUCCCAAUGUUGAAACUUUGUCAACGUAUUCGUUCGUGGGACCUGCACUGAAAUUUGUUCAUGAUAAUGUUGACAAGAACUUUACUUGCAAAUUGAAAUAUCUCCAUGAUACAGCUUCAGAUGAAGAAGCUGUGAAAAUAAUAGUCAAGACGUGUCCAAAUCUGGAGUCAAUUUAUUUGGAUACUCCAAAGAUUGGGUGUUUGCGAGCACUCGCUAAUACUCAAUUGCGAAAACUUAAAAUAUAUAAAUUUUCAUCAAAUGAAUUGGUAAAGUUACUCGAAAAUAUCGGGCGAAAUUUAGUCCAUCUUACAAUGAUUAAAAGCAAUGGUGAUUUGGAUUUGAAUGUUUUGGCGCGAAUGUGUCCUGGUCUAAUAGAUUUAGACUGCUAUAUGAUGGAUGGUUUAAUUUAUGCCAAUUCUAAUCACUGUCGUUUUACUUGCUUAGAGGGUCUUGAAAUGUUAAGCAGUCCUAUGACCAAUAUGGCUUUAAAAGCGCUAAUAUGCAACAAUACACAACUGAAGCGAUUGGCUGUCGAUAGUGUUUCAUUCAGCGAUGAAGAUAUAGUAAGGUAAUGUAUUUGUAAUAAU